AUGAGUUUGGGCAGCUGCCGCUCGCGCGGCGGGCAGAUCGUUGCCGUAUUGAGCAAGAACGCCCGUGUGGAGCGGCGACAUGUAGCGCGUUUCGGCUGUGAGCUGUGCUUCCCCGUCUCCAUCCUCGCCGCAAUCUCCAUCGGCUUCCUGGCCAGUGGCGAACCGAUGCUCGAGCUGCUGCAGGGCAGCUUGACUUCCACCCUGAUCCCGCCGCAACUCUUGCCCGCAGUGUAUGCAACACAGGAGUGCGACGGUACGCCCAGCAGCGCCGAUCUGCAGGUGAGCGAGCCGCCCUACGGCUCCUUCCGGCUCCCGCCGUGCUUCGGCCACGUCGACGGCCGAGCCAUCGCGGUGCAGUGCCGGUGCCGCACCUUGCGGAUCGCUGGGCAGCGAGAGCUGCGCGAUGGGUUUCGGGCUUUCCUGAGGGAAGCAGGUGUUGAGGAACUCAUCAGAAAUUUCACGCUCAAGUGGAGGACCGAGAAGUCUUCGACCUGCCCAGAGAGGAACACCUUCGAGCUCACAGAUGCAGACGACCUCACCGUUGGAGAUGGCGUUUGCGGAGUCGUCUCCUUUGCAGACGCAAGCAGCAUUGCGGUGAGGGUCGACGUCACCGCAGACGCCGCGGUGUACAGGCCUACCCUGGAGUUCAAGAGCCGGCUGGAGGUCACGUUCGAGGCGAACGAGUGCGGCCAGGUCCCAUGGUACAUCGAGGACGCGUGCAGCGUCACGCACGACCUGUACCAGCGGCACGCGAGCGCGAACCUGCACUACCUGGCCGGCCUGUUCCUGGCGGAGAGGAGCCCCUCGCCCGCGGUGGGGUCCGCAGCGCUCGCGGCCCUGCGGCCCAACGCCUCGCUGACCGUCUACAGCAUGCCGCAGCGGGCGCGCGUGGCGGAGAGCCGGGCCGAGUCUCUCGUGAGCAACUUCUCCAGCUUCGUGGCCUUCUUCCUGGCGUUCCCCUUCAUCCUCUGGGUGUUCGUCAUGGUCUCCGCCCUGGUGGGCGAGCGGGAGAAGCGGCUCAAGGAGGGCAUGCGCGUCAUGGGCCUGCGGAGCUCGUCCUUCUACCUGUCGUGGCUGCUCUGGACGUUCGCCCGUGCGGCGGCCGUUGGCUUCCUCAUGGGGUUCCUGGCGCUGACGUGGCCUCUCAGCCCCCGAGGCUUCGCGGUCUUCUGGUGGGUCUGCGUCUCUGGCCUGAUGUACACGUUCGCCUUCAGCGCGGUGGUCUCCACCUUCUUCUCCAAUGAGCGCACGGGGGCCAUGAUCGGUGCGAUGCUCUACUUCCUGCUGAUGAUUCCCGCGCCGGUGCCCGCGCUCUCGAGCCUGCCAGCCGUGGUCGUCGGCCUGAUGUGCUUCCCCAGCUACUGGCUCAUCACGGGGAUCAAGCACGUCAUUUUCUACGAGUCCAUGGGCUGGAUCCCGGAGUUGUCGCUGGAGGGCUUCCGUAUCGGAUUCGUGGUCGCAUUUGGCAAUCUCAUGACGGUGUUCUGGUACCUAGUGUAUCUGUACCUCGAGCAGGUCGUCCAGCAGAGCGUCGGGCAGUCUCGUGGCCCCUGCUUCUGCUUCAGGCCCAGCUUCUGGCGAGAGGUCUAUGUCAAGCCGACGCUGGACGAAGCGCCCAGCGUCUCUCCCAGUCCACCAGGCGCCGCCGGCACUGAGAGGGUGUCGCGAGGCGCCGCCGGCGCCGAGAGCGAGCCCGAGGAGCCGGAGGGCCGCGAGGGGCGCGGCGGCGCCGCGCAGGGCGCGCCCACGGAGCACCGGCUGCUGCGGGCCAGCAGCAAGAUUCAGGAGGUUGUGGACGCCAGCCUCGUUGAGCAUCGCAGGGCGGGCAGGUGUGUAGAGGCAACCGGCCUUGAGGUCGUCUUCACCGGCGUGCACGGCGAGGAGAUCCGGGCGGUCGACGGGCUGAGCCUGGUGAUGUACCCGGACGAAAUCUUCGUGCUGCUGGGGCACAACGGCGCGGGCAAGACCACCACGAUAGGCGUGCUGGCUGGCCUGGUGCGCCCCACCGGCGGCACGGUGCGCAUCCUGGGCAAGAGCGUGCCCGCGCGGAUGCACGAGGUCCGCCGGAGCUUCGGGCUGUGCCCCCAGCACAACGUGCUCUGGGACGAGCUCACCUGCCUGGAGCACAUGGACUUCUUCCUGCGCCUGCGCGGCGGCCACCGAGGCCGCGGCACCGGCGCGGAGAGGCGGGCGCUGGCCGGCGAGCUGCUCGAGGAGGUGGGCCUCGGGCCCAGGGUCCGCUACCGCGCCAGCUCGCUGAGCGGCGGCAUGAAGCGCAAGCUGAGCGUGGCGAUCGCGUUCAACGGGAGUCCUGGGUUCGUGAUCCUGGACGAGCCCACAAGCGGCAUGGACCCUUUCAGCCGCCGCGUGCUCUGGGACUUCGUGAAGCACCGGCGGGAGGGGCGCGUGGUGCUGCUGACCACGCACUUCAUGGACGAGGCCGACGUGUUGGCAGAUCGCAUCGCCGUGAUGGCCCACGGCCAGCUACAGACAUACGGCGACCCCCAGUUCCUGAAGCGCAAGUUCGGCUGCGGCUACAUCGUCACCGUCGUGCUCGCUGAAUCGGGGCGCUCCCGAGAGUCCGACAGGAAGGCCUUGGAGGCAGACGUGAAGCAGACCAUGGACGGUGUCGAGGGAAUCUCUCUCGGAGCCGUGGGCAAGGAGGUGCUGGUCCAGGUGCCCUUCUACUCCGCCUCAAGCCUCCCACGGCUCUUCCGUUUACUGGCUCAUCGCCGCGAGGGCAAGCCCGAGUUUGGGGCUGUGGCCAGCUUCGGUGUCAGCGUCUCGAGCCUCGAGGAGGUGUUCCUCAAGAUUGCCAGCGGCAACGUCAGCAGCGUCGAGGAGGAAGCGACCAAGUUCGACGCCCCGACGACGGAGAGGGGCGCGGCGGAGGGAGAUCACGACUCGACUCGGAUGGCACCCGCAGCCGAUGCGCUCGCGGGCCCACCGGCGGCGCCACCACCACCACCACCACCACCACCGGGGGAGGCCACCGCAGGGGACGAUGCCGCCGGCUUCGGGCUGACGUCGCUCCCCACCAGCUCGCAGCUCACAGGCCAGAUGCGCGCGCUCCUCGCGAGGCGCGCGAAGUCCGCGACGCGCGACCGCCGCACCUUCUGCCUCGUGUGCCUGGUCUCGCCAGUCACUCUUCUUGUAGGCUGCUUCUUCAUCUCGGAGGAGCUCGAGCAAGUGGACGUCAGCGUCAGUCGCUUUUUCGCCAACACCAGCAACGCGGACCGGUCGGGCAGCACGCCGUUCGUGCGUCCCUUCAGUACGCAGAGCAUCAUGCCGCCCGACAGCUAUUGCCAAGACAUGGGCCUCACGAAGGUCACCUGUUCGCAACGCUGGCGCUCGCACGUGCUGCUGUUUGCGGAGAAGGUUGUUGAGAUGGAUGGCGAGUGGCAGGCCGCUGUGGUCUCCAUCGACGGCCACCUGACGGUGUGGGCCAACGACGUCACGCAGAUUCACGGCGUGCCCAUGGCUCUCAAUGCCCUUCUUGGGAAAGCAUGGAAUUCGGAGGUGUCUGUCUCCACGGGCAUGACCGCCAAUGACCCUCCGGCAUCUACCGGGGGUAUCACCUUGUCGGGUUCGGAUCUGUUCGAGUACUUGAUGCCCAUCGUGCUUGUAAGCGUGGCGUUUGCAUUCGUGCCCACAGGGAUCAUGCAGUUCAUGAUGGUGGAGAAGUGUACUGGAACAAAGAGCCAGCUGCUUAUCUCGGGGUGCACGUACCACGCAUACUGGUUCUCAAAUUUGCUGUGGGAUAUGAUGUUCGGCCUGCCGCCUGUACUGGUGUCAUGCCUCUUCUUUUGGGCCUUUGACUUCGUGUAUCUCCUGAAGGACAUGGGCGUUGUCGUUGUGAUGAUGCUGCUCUUCAUCCCUGGCGCCUGCGGGUUUGCUUAUGUCGGCUCGCAGUUGUCAUCGUCGGAAGCCAUGGGCACUACGAUGAUGUUGUCUCUGAACGGCCUGCUCGGCACUGGCCUUGUGCUCUGCGUGAUCAUCGGUGACCUCAUCGUCGCUUUGCUGACCUUGUCUUACGCCCUCGAGGGCACCGGCAGCCUGGAAGAGAAGCUGGCAGAUGAUAGCGCCAUCAACGUGGCGCAGGCGAUGCACGACAUUGGUCUGACGCUGGGCAUGCCGCUGCCUGGCUUCUCGCUCGCGGCUGGCCUGUUCCGAAUGUCUGUGAGACAUCUGAUUGUGUACCGGAUCCUGCCGGGCGUGCUGAGCGUGCAGCAGCUGGAGCAGCUCCUGAACGAGCUGGAGGCUCAGAGCGCCAGCGCCUUAGCCGGCGAGGCGGUGGAGCAGGCCCAGGACUUCCUGCUCGAGGCCGUCUCAACCCUGGUCACGUCCAUACGGAGCGCGCUGCCUUCGCAGGAGGAGGUGGGCCGCAUCUUCGACGAGGACGUGUUCCCGCCACUGCUGCUGGCCUCCAGCCUGCAGGUCUGCUACCUGGGCACGAGCAGCCUGCAGCUGUCCCUGGGCCUCGGCGGCCUCGGGCAGCUGGCGCCCCUGUCGCUCCGCAUCCCCUGCAGCUUCCUGGUGCCGCCGGAGGGGCAGGAGCCAGGGGAGUACAGCAUCGGGCCGAUGGUCGACCAGAUCAUGGGGCUGUUCUGCGUGGGCGACGCGCUCCUCCACCUGGCCGUGCUGGCGGUGGUGUGGCCGCUGCUGGCAGUGCUGGUGGAGGCGAUGGUGCAGUCUCCGCGGGUGUCGAAGAACUUCGUGCCGAAGGACGAGGUGCCCCAGGAGCUCCUCCCCACCGAGGCAGACUCCGACGUGGAGGCCGAGCGCAGGCGGGUGGAGACCCUGGACGCGAGCAGGCAGAUCAUCCUCGUGCGCAACCUGCGCCGAGCCUACAAGCACCACAAUGAGCUCGUCGCGUAUGCCUUGGUGCUGCUGGUGCUCGCCGAGGUCUCCGUGAUCUUGGCCUACCGGCAGACGCUGUACGUCAUCCUGGCCGUGAACUUCUGUUUGCUCCGCCACGUCCUCGCGCUCCUCUUCGCCUUCUCCUGGUGGUGGGCCCCGCUCGUCUACUGGCGCGCGAGGGCCACGACGCACGCGGUGCGCGGCGUGUCCUGGGCCUCGGACACGGGCAUGGUCUUCGGCCUCCUCGGCGUGAACGGCGCGGGCAAGACCACGACGUUCCAGCUGAUGUCGGGGCUGCGGACGCCGAGCGCGGGAGAGGUGAAGAUCCUGGGCAUGGACGUGCAGACGCAGGUCGAGGCGUGCCGCCGGUACAUCGGGUACUGCCCGCAGUUCGACUGCCUCCUGCCCCUGCUGACGCCGGAGGACCACCUCUACCUAUUUGGGCGCAUCAAGGGCCUCUCGGGCAAGGCGCUCGACGAGGCCGUCGAGAGCAAGCUCGAGGAGAUGAAGCUCAGCUCCUAUCGCAGCCGCUAUGCUGGCACGCUAUCGGGCGGCAACAAGAGAAAGCUCAGCGUAGCCAUUGCGCUCAUCGGCGAGCCGCCGAUCAUCUUCCUUGACGAGCCCUCCACAGGCAUGGACCCGUUCGCGCGCCGCUUCAUGUGGAAGGUCAUCGACGACGUGGCGGAGAAGCGCAAGAAGUCGGUGGUGGUACUGACGACGCACUCCAUGGAGGAGGGCGAGGCCCUCUGCUCCAAGGUCGCCAUCCAGGUCGAUGGUCAGCUGCGCUGCCUGGGCUCCGUGCAGCAGGUCAAGAGCCGCUACGGCACGGGCUACGAGGUGCCGGUGAAGUUCAGCCAGGUGGGCCUUGAGCAGCGCGAGCGGCAGAGGCUGGCGCUCGAGGCGGCGGGCCUUCGGGCCGACGGCGCCUACCUGGUGACAGCGGAGCAGGCCACCGGCGCGCUCGGCAAGGGCGAGGGAGCGCAGGCCAAGGUCCAGCGGAUGUUCGCCCACGGCGGCCCCUUCAGCAUGAGCACUGACCAGGUACCGCACGCCGUCUUCGUCGACUGGUGCAUCCUGGACGCGCAGGUGCAGAGGCUUGUCGCCUUCCUGGGCCACCUCGCGGGCGGGCAGCGCGUCACACUGCUGGAGCAUCACGGGCUCUCCGCGCGGCUGCGGCUGCCGGAGCUGACCGACCCGUCGCGGCUCUCCGCGCUCUUCGAGGGCCUCCUGGAGGAGGCAGAUCUUGGCCUGGACGACUUCGCCGUGUGCCAGAGCAGCCUCGAGCAGGUCUUCAACGACUUCGCGCGGCAGGCCGGCGAGACCCGCGAGUCCGCGUGA